AUGAAUCAAUAAUUCUUUGGUAAUUCAAGGUUGGCAAUUCAAAGAGCCUAAUAACUCCACUAAUUCUUCACUUAAUCAGUGAUUUAUGAUCAAUUCAAAUACACUGCCAAAAUGCCAUAAUAUCCAAAAAUUGUAUUUUUGUAAUCAAAUCAAUUUUUCAGAAAUCUUGUUGAAAAAUAAUUCCUUUAAUAUUCAAUAAUAGAUGCUCAAAAAUCAAGCGGAGAAGACGGUUUAGCUAGGUUGGCAGAAUAAGUAUAAUUGCAAUCUACAUAAACUAAUGGUGCUUUAUUAUUUGGAUUCCCAAAUACAGCAUUUGAAGCAGAAAGACUUGAUCGAUUAUUGGAUGGAGUAAAUUUAGCUGUUAGAUUCAGGUUAUCGGAAUCAUUAGCUAAGAAGAUAGCAGGUUCAUUUCUUUCAUGUUAAUCAUGUGGUAAGGUUUUCAAUACUAGCCUACCCUUCAUUACUCCUACUCAUCCAGGAUACUAAAAUAAUUGUUAAACACCAAGUAAAUGUGCUUUAGAAUCUAGUUCAGCUCCAACUGAUUAAGUCAAUGCUGAGGUUGUUGAUUACUAUCAAUAGAAAGGUGCUUAUCUAGAAUACGAAAUCAAUGAAGAGCAUUUAUUAUAUGAUUCAUAAGAAUUCUUCGAAAAAUUAGAUAAUGCAGUAGCAACACAUAUUAAAGUCUGA